AGCAAUGGCGGACAUUAAACAUAAGUUAAAGAAAUAUAAAUAUUAUUUAUCGUCUGAUCCAGACAUUGAUAAGGUUAUGUUGGUGUUCAACAAACUUGCAAUUCUGCCAGUGACCAUUAGUCUGCUUCAGGAUACCGGAAUUGGCAAAGUGGUGAAUAGUUUCCGAAAAACGGAUGGUGAAAUUGGACAAACGGCGAAAGGCUUGGUUUCAAAGUGGAAAUCUUUAGUAACGGAGGAAGUGAUAUCCACAGAUCGCAGUCAUUCAGGGGAGACAACUGUGCAUGUAAAUAAUGAUGAAUCGGCAGCGGAAGAAGAAAAAGAAGAGGAGUAUCAAAAGGAUGAAGAUAGAGGUAGUAACGGUAGUUAUGAGAACAAUACAGACUAUGAGAAAAUGUCUCCAAAGACUGAGUCUCAUUCUGACUCUUAUAGAAAAAAUAAAAUUCAGGAAUCUUCAUCCAGUAGUAAACACAGUGAUAAAUCGAAAAGUAGUUCCACAAGAAAACACAGCGAUCACUUGUCACAUGAGAAGCAAAGGUCAUCAAGUUCUGCUGAUAAACAUAGUUCAAGUAAUAAAAACAGUUCUGUGAAAAGUAGUUCAAGUUCACACGACAAACAUAGGUCAGUGAAAAGUAGUACCAGUUCCAGUUCACACGACAAACAUAGUUCUGUGAAAAGUAGUACCAGUUCACAUGACAAACACAGUUCUGUGAAAAGUAGUUCCGGUUCACGUGACAAACAUAGUUCUGAAAAAAGUAGUUCCAGUCACUCAUCGGCAAAACAUAGUUCCAGUUCAUUGACACAUGAACUUAAACCAGAAAAAAGUUCCUCUUCUCGUGAUAAAAAUAGUGCAUCAAAAAUUAGUUGUAGUGAUAAAAGUAGCCGUUCCUCAGAUAAGCAGUCUUCGACAAAAAGUGAUUCUGGUGAUAUCGCUAACUGUCUUCCAGUGAAGCAAAAUUCAGCAAAACAUUUUUCUUCCCCUCUGCACAGCACUAGUAAAAGUCUUUCAACCAAAACCAAAAGUUAUUUAGGUGAUGAUGAACCAGAUAAUUUGAGCGAGAAUGAGUAUGCAGUUUAUAAUUCACCAAAUAGUUACAAUAACAGCAGUUCAAGUUAUGUCAGCGAUGAUAAAAUAUCGGAAUGUUCUUUGUCGCACAGUGUGGUGAAACAGUCGUCAUCGCAUAAGUCGGGGAAUCGUGAAAAAAUUGCAGAGGUGUCUGAACAUUCAUUGUCGAACAAAACCAGGAAGGAGUCAUCACAUAAGUCGAGGAAUCAAGAGAAACCUAAAACCUCUGAGUAUUCUACGUCACAAGAUGUGAAAAAAAUAUCAAGUAAGUCGGAGGAUUGCGACAGAAGUGUUAAAAGUUCUACGUCGCCGAGUAAGCCCACACAUGAAAGUAGUCACAAGUCAUCUAAGCUUUCUAGUUCCUCGUCUCAUAAAUCGGAACACGAAACUGCUAAAAGUACAAAGCAUUCUGGGACAUCUGAAUCUCACAAAUCGGAACACAAGAGCAGUGAUGUUAAAAGCACAAAAUAUUCCAGUUCGUCUGGUUCUUCUAAAUAUAAGUCAAAAGAAGACAGUCAGACGUCAAAGCAGUCGGUUCACUCUUCACAGAAGGUGAAAGACGGUGAUAAAACUGUCAAACACUCGUCACAGAACGAUUCGAAGAGCAAAGAGAAGCAUCACAGUUCGAAAACCAAUUCUCAAGUCUCUGGUUCGGCAGACAAAUCAACGGCGAAGAUUUCAAAAGAUACUUCAUCAAAGACUUCAGAAAAUGACAUGUAUGCGAGUAUUCUGAGCUCUGAUGAAGAUGAAAAUGAACUUUCCAGUCAUAGUUAUUCAUCGCAGAAGGCUAAAAAACUUCAACAUGUGGAUGAAAAUGUCGUUGAUUUGUUUAGUGUCGAUGGAGAAGAGAAAGUCUCAAAGACUUCAUCAAAAGGGAGUUGUAAUUCGGCGAAAAAUUCUUCAAGAAGUCAUAAACAUUCUAAACAUUCAGGAAGUACUGUAAAAGAAGAGAGAUCUAAACAUGUGUCUAAACACGACAGACAUAGGGAGAAGUCGGAAACCAAAGAUUUUGAAUCGGACUUUAACAAUUCUAAUGUCGAAACCGAAUUGGACUUGUUUGCAAAACCAAAGCAGAAACGAAAGCAUGAAGUUUCCAAGGAUGAGAGUGCGAUGUCGUUUGAUGAUUUUUUAAGUUACGACUUGACGACAUCUAGUAAAAAAUCCAAGGUAUCGAGUAAAAGUGUCGAUAAAUCGGGAAUCCUUCAUGACAAGUUCAGAGUGACAAAGAAAGCCAAUACUGAAGGCAAGGCAGAUAACUCUAAUUCCUUUCCGCGAGAUGAUGGUGUGUCCGUAAAGAGAGCGGGUGAAGAUUUUGUCGUCCCCGUUCCUACUAAACAGAUGAAGAUAACGGAAAAUGAUAUUCUGUGCUAUCUGCCGGACACGCAGGCCCACUAUAGACCAUGGCGCUACAACCACAACCAGAUUGAUGACAAUAAAUCAGAAAAAGACAAUGAUUCGCUGAAGUUUACAAAGAAGGCAUACGCCCGUACCCAGGUUUAUUCUGGAAAGAGACAAAUUUGUACAGAAAUGAAGUCUUUGUUUGAUAUCUGUAUGGGCGUCUUGAUCGACCACAUUGACAGUAUUGACUCUGUUGGUGGGAUACCGUUUGACAUUUUGAAACCAGUAGUAGAGAAAGCGACAGCGGUUCAGCUUUAUUCACUGGAGGACAAUAACCCUCAUUUUCUGGAGAGUACAGAUUACCUGUGGGAACAGCACUGUAAGAGAGACUUCCGCAUGUCGAAGCCAGACGAACUGGAAUCCUGGAGGGAAUUGUAUCUGAGAAAUUUUGAUGAGAGAGAAGCUAAAUUUGAACGAUUAAAGGGCAAAAUGGCAGCAACAGUUAACAAGCAAAUUAGUGAAGCAAAGAAAGUGCAACUUGCGUACGUAGACACGGUCGCUAAGCCUCCCAGAGAGGUCCUCCGGAUGCAGAGGUUGUUCGGGACUUCGUCGGUGUCGAAACCUCAUAGACCAGAGAGUAGUGGGACGUCAUGGUCCCGGUCCAGACUUCCACAGAGACACUUCGACUCGCCCGAAAAACCACAGAGAUCUAUGAAACCUGUUGCCCCAAUGAUGCAAAAGACGAUGAAGAUGAUCAAAAAGAUAAGAAGAUAAGGAGCAAAUAGUUAAUUGAAUCGAUAUAAUCAUGAUUGAAUGAAUGGAUUAACGAAUGAAUGAACCUUCAUAAUUUACUGGGGUUACAUAAGAAGAUUAGGAGCAAAUAGUUAAUUGAAUCGAUAUAAUCAUGAUUGAAUGAAGGGAUUAACAAAUGAAUGAACCUUCAUAAUUUACUGUGGUAACAUAAGAAGAUAAGGAGCAAAUAAUUAAUUGAAUUGAUAUAAUCAUGAUUGAAUGAAUGGAUUAACGAAUGAAUGAACCUUCAUAAUUUACUGGGGUUACAUAAGAAGAUUAGGAGCAAAUAAUUAAUUGAAUUGAUAUAAUCAUGAUUGAAUGAAUGGAUUAAUGAAUGAAUUAAUCUUCAUAAUUUACUGGGGUUACAUAGGAAGAUAUUGAGCAAAUAAUUAAUUGAAUUGUUAUAAUCAUGAUUGAAUGAAUGUAGGAAUUAAUGAACCUUUAUAAUUUACUGGGGUUACAUAAGAAGAUAAGGAGCAAAUAAUUAAUUGAAUUGAUAUAAUCAUGAUUGAAUGAAUGAAUGAAAGAAUGAAUGAACCUUCAUAAUUUACUUGUGUUACGUACGAAGAUAAAGAGCAAAUAGUUAAUUGAAUUGAUAUAAUCAUGGUUGAAUGAAUGGAUAAAUAUAACAGGUUUCGUCUCUUAAGACUACAGGUCAAAAUUACCAAAUGUUUGACAUCCAAUAGCUGAUGAUUAAUAAAUCAAUGUGCUCUAGUGGUGUCGAUAAAGAAAACCUUUUAACUUUAUUUGAAGAAUGGGAUAAACUGUUGGCUACAAGUCCCUGUGGGUUAUAGGUGGUUUGUAGGUCGUAUUUGGAGCAUAGUGUUCUAUCAUGGGAGUGAAUAAAAUAAUUUAUUAAAAAAACAUUUUGAGCAUCUGUGUUCAAACGUCUGUGUAUAUUGACAUGUAAUAAUAUAUAAAUUGUCUAUUUUAAGUGUUUAAAUUUGUUACACCAGUGUAUAGCACAUAAAUGUUGCCCUAUUUUGAGCAAGUCUGUAUGAACGUUACACUAAUGUAUAAAUUGACCUUUUCGAGCAAGUGUAUUUUACAUAUUUUACAUUACAUAAUUUAAUUGUUUUCUGUUUGAGCAAAUGUAAAUGAGCAUGCUAUGUACACCAAUAUAGUAUGUGUAUGUAUAUAUAUAUAUAUAUAUAUAUAUAUAUAUAUAUAUA